UUGAACCAGUGCUUCUCUGAUGCUCUAUUUCUUGUCAUUCCUACUUAUUUAUGAAGCUUUUCUCUUGAAUUUAGGGUUGAAAAUCUCAAGAAGUUUAAGAGUGACGGUGAUGAUUGUCCUACGUUGGUUGUACGGACGUGGCUGCUAGGGGUCUAGACUUUGAUGUAGAUCAUGUUGUGAUGUUUGACUUCCCCUUGAAUUAUAUUGACUACCUUCAUCGCACAGGUAGAAUUGCUCGUAUGGGUGCAAAAGGGAAGGUAACAAGUUUAGUUGCUAAAAGGGACUUGGACUUGGCCAGCAAAAUAAAGGAAGCAAUAAGGAACAAUGAGAGUUUGGAGGCUAUCACAAAAGAAAGUGUUCGAAGGGACACUACAAGGACCCAAAUCACAGAGCAGAAGGGAAAGGAUAGAAAAAUGGUUCAAGUUUCAAAAGUCAAGGGCAAAUUUGGUAGUCAUUCCAGAUCUGGAAAUAAUGGAUCAGGUAUAAAAUCUGGCAAAGCUUCACUAGUCAAAUCUAUGAAAAAAGGGAUUAACGUUUCAAAAUCUGGGAAAUCUUCUAGGGCAAGUAGCACCAUUAGAAAAGGUUCUUCAGAUAAGAGGCAAAGAUCCAUGAAAAAUAGUUAUCAGAAUUUUCUUUAGGUUAAGGUUUAAUUUUAGUACCAUGUGUUAGACUUGGUUGUUGAUGCCUUUGAAAUUUUGAUUUAAAUGAGAAUUUUGUC